ACGAACAAGGCCCCCGUGUCCCAGCCCUCCACACCCAAAGGAGGUGGCUGCCUUGACCGUGGCCCCCACAGCGUUGGAGCCGGGCCUUUCCUGGGAGGUGAUGGAUUUCUACAACAAGAGCUGGGGGUCGGGUGAAACCCCAGACUACGGGAUGGAUUCUGCCAGGAACUCCUCCGGGGCCCAGGAGGGGGCCUGGGAGUCGACGGGCCUGUCCUUCGUCUUCGACCUCCUGAUCCCGUUCAUUUGCCUGGCCGGGCUGGCGGGGAACGGCCUGGUGCUCUGGAUCCUCAUCUUCCGCCUCCCGAGGACCCCAUUCACCGUCUACAUCCUGCAUCUGGCCGUGGCCGACUCCUGCUUCUUGCUGUGCCAGGGGCCUGUGUCCCUCGUCUACUUCGGCUCCCCCUGGACGGACCAGCUGGACCACGUCUUCUCCCUGUUGCAGGUGGUGACGUUUAUCACGUACGUGUCGGGCCUGGGCCUGCUGACGGCCGUCAGCGUGGAGCGCUGUCUGUCUGUCCUCUUCCCACUCUGGUACCGCUGUCACCGGCCAAAGCAGUUGUCGGCCAUCGUGUGCGCCCUGCUCUGGGCGCUGUCUGCCCUGCUGUGCAUCUUGGCCACCCAUUUCUGCUCCCCGGUGGGCCUCCACGGCUCUAAGGAGUGUAUCAGGAUGGCGUGGGGCCUCAGCACGGUUUUCCUGCUCAUCUUCACCCCACUCAUGGUUCUGUCCAGUGCCACGGUCUUCGUCCGCAUCCAGUGGAGCCCCUGGCGGUCCUUGCGGUCCCCGCCGGCCAAGCUCUACGUGGUCAUCCUGGCCGCCGUCCUCGUCUUCCUCAUCUGCGCCCUCCCCCUCGGCAUCGACCGGUUUCUGUUCUACUGCUUCAGGGUGGAUCAGCCCCUCUCCUAUGGCACCAUGGAGCUCUUGGCCUGCGUGGGCAGCAGCGCCAACCCUGUCAUCUAUCUCCUGGUGGGCUGCCGGUGGGGGAGGGGGUCGAGGGAGCCGCUUACCAGAGUCCUACAGAGAACCUUCUCUGAGGCCUCUGCGCCGGGGGGUCCUCGAGGGCCGGGAGAGGUAGGGGAGCUGAGCAGGAGGGCCUCCUCAACCGGUGGGGGUCAGCUGAGGGGGUCCAGUCGGGAGUGA